AAUGCGAUGAUUCUAGCGAAAUUAUAAUGGAAAACAUAAAAUUAGCAUGCAUCAUCGCGAUCUUGGCAGUUUCAUGUUAUUUUGUUCCCAAAUCCUUUGAGCACAAAUUAUUACCGAUCGUAGAAGGAGAUUUCCAACCAGAAUUUAGGGAUGUUGCCAUGGCUUUCAGAGCUAAUAUGGAGGCUGGAAGAGAAAAGGGUGCUGCAUUUGUUGUAUACCACAAAGGGGAGCCAGUGUUUGAUAUGUGGGCAGGGUAUGCAGACAGGCAAAGUCUAAGAAGGUGGAGAAACAACACAACAACUAUGAUGUUUGGUGCUGGCAGGGCGGUGACAACAUUUCUAGUGGCUCAAAUGGUGGACAGGGGCCUGUUGAAUUACAGCAAGCCAGUCACUGACUAUUGGCCAGAGUUUGGCUCCCAUGGAAAACAGAACAUUACUCUGGAAAUGUUGCUUUCACAUCAGACUGGUACACAUUACUUUGAAGAACCAAUAUCAUUGCGAGAUCUUAACACACAACAGGCCAGAAUCGAUAAGGUCAUCUGCGACUUAAAGCCUUUAUGGAAAACAGGUUCCCAUAUUGUGUCCCAUGACUUAGUCUCCGGGCUGAUACUGGAUAGACUAAUAGAGAGGGUUGACCCAAAACAUCGGGACAUUUACACCAUGGUACAGGAAGAAAUUACUAAACCAUUAGAUGUGAAACUGAGCAUGCAUCUGAGUAGAGUGGAUGUUUACAAGACUGCAAGAAUCCAUUCUCCAUCUGUGACAAACUUUCUCUACCAAGCUGUUACCUCACCAAAAUACCUUUGGUUGCACAUCAACAGCUGGUUCAGAAAAGGCUCUUACAUUGGAAAGAUGUACAGUUCUGUAAGAGAAAUGAUGCUGCCAUCCACUGUAUUCAAUGACCCUGAACUAAGGGAGAUAACUCUGUCAUCAGUGUCUGUGACGGGAACUGCACGGGGAAUGGCAAAGCUAUUCAGCAUAUUAUCCAACCAAGGCCAGUACAAGGGUGACCAAGUGUUAAAACAGGAGACGUUGACCCAGCUGUUGACCCGAACAGUGACUGGAGUUUGCCCGGAGACAGGAUUUCAUGUGUCAUAUACGCGAGGAUUGCAAUCAUUUACCAAUCCUUAUGGCGAAACGGUUUAUGGUCAGUCUGGCUACGGUGGUCAAGUGGUCAUUGCUGACCCCUCCAACCAGUUGUCCAUGGCCUAUGCGAGUAGCUACCUCAGUAUAUACGAGUUUGGUGAAGAUCCAAGGUUCACGGAUUUACAGAGCAAAUUGUAUACAAAUCUACAGAGAUACAUAGAAAGACAGUUGAAAGGGUAGAUUUGAAAAUGUUAGUAUUUCUUAGGAUUUUUAUGUAUAUUGAUACGUAUAUUAUAAGUUAUGCUUUAGUUUACUUAAAUAAUUGGUUUGCUGCAUGAGUAAGGCUUCGAUUUGCAACAUUUGUCACGAAAAGUGCAAUUGUUCUUUCAUAAUUGCAUGUGAAUCUCAAUAAUUAUCAAGCAUUCAUUUUCGAGUGUAUUACAUACAGGUCUUCCCAUUUGUAAUGUACAUGUAUAACACUGUUUUGUGUUUACAAAAAUGAGUAAAUGUGAUGUAUUUUGCUGUUAUUUUAACAAGUAUCUUUUAUUGUUUAUACAUUCCACUUACAUUUUGAAUUUUGUAAUGUUAUUAAAAUGUAAGCGCAUAUUUUCUCAAAGAAAAAUAUUUAGGUAUUGUCGUCGGUAUGUUGCCGACUUAAACUCUGCCACAACAUAUACAGCAAGGUCCAUAACUAUCAGAAUUGUUUAGUUAUGGCCCUUUUUACUAGAAGACAACAACAGACAUUGUCGCUUGUUCCUAAGCGCUCUUGUUUUGUUGUUCAAACGGUCAUUGUAUUUUUGUAAACUGUAUAUGCUUUUUUAAUGCAUUUGAUUUUGGAAAUGCAUGCAAUACUGACGAAAAUAACACUCGUAUUUAAAAUCAAUACAUACACAAUCAUGUAUAACAAACACUUUUUGAUUGAAAAAUCUUUACUUCUUUACCCAAUAAUGAAUUUAUGGAAAAUUUUAAUUACUGAUAACAAGAUUGUAAUCGUGUGUUUAAUAGCUACGAACGCACACAUAUUAAAUGACUGGUGGGUCCUUAAAGAUUUACAAUGAUCAACUUUUGUCUAAUAAGGUAGAAAUACCGUAUUUUCUGCACCUUUCUUUCAAAUUAAACACGGUAUCCUUUAUAAGAACCAUUGUUUUCGAUAUUUACUGAUCCUUUUCGGUAAAUUAAAAAAAAUAUAUAAGUUAUAGUACUGCUUAUUUGGUUAUAAGAGUGCAUCUUUAAAUUGAAUAAUGUUUAAAGGCAACGGCUUACGGUAAUGAAUGUUUUGUAUGCAUUGAACUGUCGUUGGUGUUUUUACACUUGAAGUUCUCUGAUGUGUCAUACUAUAUACGUCUGUGAUCUUAUCUGAUUACGCUUGAGUGUUGUACUGUGCAUUUAAUUAAAUCAUUAUA